GAUCUCAAGGAUAGGGACUACCGCAAGUCCAAGUUGAUGCGCCAGCAGGUGGUGGCCGCGGCGUUCUACGGAGUGGGCGCGCAUGCCUGGGAUGCGGAGGAGAGUCAGGACGUUACGUUGGCGAAUGAGCCCAUCGAGCAGGAAGGUGACAGCGAAGGACGGGCCAGAAGUUUGGAGGUAACGGUCAUGGGCGCAGUGGCGGGCGCCUGGGACCAUGCUUCGAGUGCGGUGGCGGACGCCGUGCAGGAGCCUGUCCUGACAAAGGCGAUGAUAGAACGCUUCGACGGCCUCAUCCUGAUGUGCGAGCUCGCGUGCUCGGCGGAUGACGAUGUCGGGGACGCCGUGGAUCUCGACGACCUUGAUGUGGAGACGGUGCGCGUCGUGUCACGCGCCGCGGCGGCGGGUGACGGCGUCGUGGACUGCGGGGCCGCGAAGAAUAUCGGCGGCGCGGAGGCGAUUGAGAACCUGCGUGAGAUCCUGAUCGCGAGGGGCCAUCCGCCGAUGGAGGUGGACCCGGGCGACAGCCCGGUUUGCAAGUUGGGGGGCGGCGAGGUCAAGCGCGUGCUGUGCAGGGCCGCCGUCGAGCUACAUGUCCUGGUCACUUGCGCGAGCCUUCGCGCGCGUGCCGCGGGCGCUUCAGGCAUUCCGACUCCAGUGUCUAUCGAGGCGCUGAACUCCCUCAGAGCGGUGAUCGAUUUCGAAGCUGGCGUCGGCAUCUUCAAGGAGAUCGACCGCCAGAGGCUGGUCACUUUCCAGAG